CUGACUUUUCGUGUAUUUUCUUCGGGAGGUCCUAGGAUGAAUAAAUGUAGAGAGAGCCAAAUCUUUUUUUGUCUUUGGAUGAGACGAGACUUUACAAACUUCUUUCUAGCAGUAGCAGCCAAUGCAAGCUUUUCUCUAGCGAAGUUUGAACCGCAAACUCUAUUUACAGGGGGGAAGAGCUCACCUGCCCCAGGAAUUUGUUCUUUUCCUCUGCUCCAGCUUUCAGCCUGCAAAAAGAUGCCAUUUUUGCAGUUCUUGCCGGUUGCCUCGGUUCCCCAUUAAAUAAAGAUACUACAUUUCUCUCCUAGAUACAUUCAAGAUUGGCGGGCCAUUUGAUCUCGAGAGCUCAGGUACUUCGCGCAAACACGAAAUUGGACACGGGAAUCGCAACAAUGUCAGUGAGCCAUGCCGACGAGCACGAGAUAUCGCUGUGCGACCCAAACUCCGAGGACGACCGGCGCCGGCGGAAGAUCGGGUCGUUCCGGCGGAAGGCCAUCCACGCGCUCCGGAAGAAGCGCGGCAGGCGGCGCGUCACCGACUUCCGCUUCCCCGCCGCCAUCUCCAUCGAGGACGUCCGCGACGCCGAGGAGGAGCGCGCCGUCGCCGCGUUCCGCGACCGCCUCGCCGCGCACGGCCUCCUGCCCGACAAGCACGACGACUACCACAUGAUGCUGAGGUUUCUGAAGGCCAGGAAGUUCGAUCCCGAGAAAGCGACGCAAAUGUGGGCGGAGAUGCUGAGAUGGAGGAAAGAGUUUGGAGCCGACACAAUCGUGGAGGACUUUGAGUUCGACGAGCUCGAUGACGUGCUCCGGUACUACCCUCAGGGUUACCACGGCGUCGACCGGGAAGGCCGGCCGGUGUACAUUGAGAGGCUCGGCAAGGUUGAUCCAAACAAGCUCAUGCAGAUCACUUCGGUAGACCGAUACAUCAAGUACCAUGUGCAGGAGUUCGAGAAGGCUUUCAGGGAGAAGUUCCCUGCUUGCACGUUAGCAGCCAAGAGACACAUUGAUUCCACUACUACCAUAUUGGACGUCCAUGGCGUGGGCUUUAAGAAUUUCUCGAAGACUGCAAGGGAGCUUGUUCAACGUAUGCAGAGAAUAGACAGUGACUACUAUCCUGAGACACUACAUCAGAUGUAUGUUGUGAAUGCUGGUAGUGGAUUCAAGCUGAUCUGGAAUAGUGUUAAAGGAUUUCUUGACCCAAAAACUUCUUCCAAGAUUCAUGUUCUUGGCUCAAACUACCAGAGCAGGCUAAUUGAACUUAUUGACUCAAGUGAAUUGCCAGAGUUUCUUGGUGGUUCAUGCACAUGUAGUGACCAGGGUGGUUGCCUCGGGUCUAACAAAGGGCCAUGGAAUGAUCCUGCCAUUCUGAAGCUGAUACACAGUAUGGGAGGUGGUGGUAGCACAAGAGAAACCAAACAAAUUUCUGACGGGUAUGAAAGAAGUGGAUCUUCCCUAAGGGCAGAAAACCUGAAGGGCUUGCUGAGUGACGUAUCAAAUGCUGAAUCAGAGUCAGAUGUUGAUGAUGUUGGUUUGUCAGCCAUUCAGAAUAGUUCCGACCACAGCUUGCUUACCCCAGUUCAUGAAGAAGUUAAGGGAUCAGAUUCUUCAACCUCUUGUAGUUCUAAUAGUAAGCAUCUCCUGGAUAUGAAUCCUGGAUCUCCUCAGGGCAGCCAACAAUUGGAGAGGGUGUCCAUUCAGUUGACCAGUCAGAAACAUUUUUCCACCUUUGGAUGGCUGCAAAACUUAGGGAGCAUUUCUCUUAUUCUGCACACCACAUCGGCUCUAAGGACUUUGGAAGAUCUUGCAAGAGGACUGGCCACAGUCUUGGUCAGGAUAUCAUCCUUAUUAAACUUUUUUGUCUGUAGACAAGAAAGGAUGAUAGGAAAUGCCCAUUCUUAUGCUGAAGCAGAGCAAGGAAACCCUCAAACUGUAAGAGACGAAGACGUGAGUGCUUGUUUACAACGCCUUGAAAAGCUCGAGUCACUGUGCAAUCAUAUGAUGAGCAAACCUCCAGAUAUGCCAAAGGAUAAAGAACUUUUACUGCUGCAGUCUUUCGAUCGGAUAAAAUCCCUUGAAGCUGACCUGGAGAGGACAAAAGUAGCGUUGCAGGCCGCCAUGGUAAAGCAAAUGGAAUUGGAGGAGACUCUGCAGCGCCGGUCAUCUAGUGGUGUUAGGAGGAGUUUUUGCUGUUCAUAGGAGUAAGAUCACCGUUAAACCGUCUGGAUUAACUGUGAUGAGGCUGAAGCUGGCGACCCCAUUUUUUGACUCGAGUUCUUGUCAGCCCUGUGAGCGAAAUAUCACGCACGAAAGAUCAACCACAUGAUCAAUCGGCUUCUGUAGUUGCUAGCAGUAGCCUCCCUUUGUUGCUACACUAAACAUUCAGUGAUCUCCAUGGGCUGUAAGAAUGAGCUGGAUGACAUAGCUUUUGCACAUUCUCUGUAAACGCAGCAGUUGACGCCAUUGGAGUACAGAAGCAUCUUCAUGAACA